ACGCCUGGCUGCAGACUUGACCAUUGGGAUGAUAUUGUGUGUGGUGCUGCCUGCUGUACGCUUCCUGCUGACAGUGAAGGAGUCAGGCUCACACACCUUCACUCACCACACCCACCUAGCCUCCUCGUAUGACUUCAUCAUAAUUGGAGGUGGGACUGGUGGGAGUGUAGUGGGAGCGAGGUUGUCUGAGGUGUCCAGGUGGAGGGUGUUAGUGGUGGAGGCUGGCACACCGCCGCCUCCAGACACUAGGGUGCCAGGUCUCCUGCCUCUCAACUUCAUCCCCGGCAAUGAGGUAGACUGGGGCUACGCUACAGUGCCACAGACACACGGACUCUACAACUUCGUCAAAGGUGUACCUUGACAGGUAGGUCGUGUCAUCCAGGGACGCACCCUGGGUGGAAGCUCCUCAACUAACGGUAUGUUCUAUGUCAGGGGCAACCCCAGGGAUUUUAACCAGUGGGCAGCACUAGGUAACCCUGGCUGGGACUACGCUUCUAUCCUCCCUUACUUCGUCAAGGCUGAAGACUACUGUUGCACACAAACGAGUCAAGAAGAGAGCUUCCUGGGGCUGGGAGGACCCGUGGGCAUAACUUCAGGCAUAAAGGGACCCCUGACUGAUGCAUUCAUCUAUGGUGGGAAGCAGCUCGGCUACCCAACACUAAACAUCAACACGCAGGCAGACAUAGGAUUCACCGUGUCACAAUUCAAUAUACGUGAGGGCAGGCGGUUCUCCACAGCUGAGGCUUAUCUCAGACCAGCAUCUUCAAGGUCCAACCUUCACAUCCUUCACACUGCCACCGUCUUGAAGGUAUUGUUCAGCGAGGAAGGUCAAGCUUCAGGAGUAUUACUGGAGCACAAUGGGAAGGUGUUGAAGAUCGCAGCAGAGAAAGAAGUGGUGGUGUCGGCUGGCGCCAUCGGCUCGCCCAAACUACUACUGUUGUCUGGUGUGGGUCCCAGCCAGGAGCUACUGCGUCACAAGAUCCAAGUGGUAGCGGACGUGCCUGGAGUUGGCCAGAAUUUUCACGAUCACAUUGGAGUGAACGGUUUAACAUGGACCACUCCUGGAAGUUCACUUAGCCUGGUGGCUCAGACUCUGGCCGCCUUUCCUCAAUACCUCAUCAACAAACAAGGUGCUUUAGCAACGGUGAACGCAGAGUUGGUCAACGCCUGGGUAAAGGUCACUGAGGAUGGUGACCCGUACUGGGCUGACACUCAGAUCUUCCUCAGCAGUGUGGCCGUCACUGAGGACAGUGGUACCAUCUACCCUUAUAUCUGGGGUCUGGAUGCGCAAAAAUUUGGAGAGUACUUUAGAAGUAUUUACCUGAAACAAGCCUUUAACAUGAGACCGACUCUGGUCCAGCCUAAGAGUCGAGGUUCCAUCACUCUCAAGUCUAACGACCCUAAACAAGCACCAAAUAUUGACCCCAACUACCUCAGUCAUCCAGAUGAUGUCAAGGCGCUGGUUAAAGGUAUAAUGUUGACACUAGCACUAGGGAACACCACAGUCUUCACUAGGAAACACAAAGCAAGUUUUCAUGACAAGCCGCUACCUGGGUGUGAAAGAAGAGUGUAUGGAAGUGAGGCUUACUGGACCUGUUACGUCCGUCACAUGGCAACAUCCACCUUCCACUUGGCUGGUACCUGCAAGAUGGCGCACUCCUCAGACCCACUUGGUGUAGUGGACCACCACCUAAGGGUCCGUGGUGUGGGUAGGCUGAGGGUGGUGGACGCAUCUGUCAUGCCCACAGUGACCACUGGUAACACUAUGAGUCCCGUCAUCAUGAUAGCAGAGGUCGCUAGUGACAUUAUCAAGCAGCACUGGACCACCAUGCAACAACAACACUGAAACCAGUUUUGUUUUGUGUUGUUCUCUGCA